GAAGCUGCGGGAAAUAAAGUGAGUGAUGUCAAUGGUAUAAGUAGUGGUUGCCGUAGGGGUUGCUUGGCAGUGUUUCGUUAGAAAGUGUCCGCUGGCCGCCAGUUCGACGAGGCGGACGAUACAAAAAGACGGAUGUGGCGAGUGAUUAACAGCGCUCGAGCGACAAUGCCUAAAGGGAACGCUGUUACGAACAAAUAUCAGUUGACGAGCUCGGGAGCAGCUUUUAGCAAUUACAGCUGUAGAAGCAGGACUGGUUAUCGAGGGACCUUCUCGUUACAGCCAGUGAAACUCCGUUGCUGGCACUCUUCGACGAAAAGCUGCUGCUACUAAACUUAUUGCCUAAAACAUUAAUAGGAAAAGAGCUAAAGUCAUUGAACGUGCGGCAGACAACUCAACCCGACAAAAAGCACAGACGCGACUCUGUUGACCAGUAUACAGAAGCGGAAGUCUUGACACCUGCUCUGAACUCAGCUAAUUCAACCCGACCUGACGGUUCGACUAUAAAACGUCGAUUUGUUGAUCACCUACCGCUCGUUCGAACGUUUCUCAUCGUGCCAUAAAGCCAAAUCGCUCAUUUAGUACAGAACUUCUCAGUGUGUUCAUGGUUUGUGCUUGAUGCUUGCAUGACCAGUGCCUAAGUCAGCUAGCGUCCCACUCGGUCUGUGUAAUCCUCUAUUAAGUGUUGACUUCUUAGCCGUUUCCUGCCGCGAUAACAACAACAACAUGCGAAGGCCACAGCCGCAGCCGUAGGAAAAUGUUCCUUAUUCUAAGUCGAGGAAAUCCGUGAGAGCGCGUACAAGAACUAACGUAAUGAAAAAGACAGGCGUCGUCUCAUGUCGUUCAUUCGUCGCAUGUCAAUGUGUUCAUCAUUGUAACAUGGCCUUGUAGUCGCCCGCAGUAGUGCGCCGUGGCAGCGGCGCCCAGAACAUUCUUCGAACAAUUGUGAUAGUUAGGAAAGUAAACAGCCAUUGCAGCUGGUGCGGCGUUCGCAGGUUCAUCUUGUACAUUAACCACGAACAACGAACAUUGUUGUUUGUGGAAACAGCGGAAAUGGACGGUAACGCCCAUCUUCUGUCGAAGUGCUCGACGCAGGAGGACGUGUACGCGCUCAGUGCUGAUAUUGGCCAGGAAGUCGAGCGACUUGUCGAUGGGUUCGGAGUGGACGCGGCGUCGAGCCUUGUUCCGAAACUCAUUCGCGUCCUUGAGUUGCUCGAAGCAGCUGUCCAACAAAAUGAGACCCUCAGAGGAGAGGCUGACCAGUUGUUUCAGACAGUAUGCCAGCUAGAAUAUGACAAAAAGGAAAAAGCCCAGUUUCGGAAAAAAUUCGACCAGGAGCUCGAACAAAUUGAAGAUAUGUGGCGUAGUGAAAUGAACGAUUUGUCGGGUCUCGUAAGUCGGCUACAGGAGGAGAACUCGAGACUCAGCACGUCGCUACGGGAGAAAACUAACCUCCUUGGAGAAGGCCAUGAUGACUCGGAUCGUUCCGAAGGACACUUCAGUAGGUCCGGUGUUACAAGCCUAGCUGAUAGCAGUCACGGAGGAGGCGGUCCGGAUAGCGGUGUGUUUACCAAUGGAGGCCUGUCGCAGUCAGAUAUCGAUAUGCUCAAUCGGCUCAAGGAGGCCUUCAACAAACAGGCCAGCCAGCUGCACUCGUACGAAAGUGAACUCGCACAACGAUUAACGGAUAUUCAGAGCCUAAAGCAUCAAGUCGAGCGUCUUCGACGGAGCGGGUUGGACAGUGUACAACGGGUCCGUCAGUUGGAGCUGCAGUUGGGACGGUCCGCAGAUGAGCGUGAACACCUCAUCCGUCGACUAGAUGAAGAACAACGUGAAAAGGAACAGUUACGCCAGGAAAUCAAUAAGGAGAAGCGAGAUGCUCAGGAUGAAUUGCUCGAAGCUGUUAUUCGGCUUUCACCGCCUAGUCCCACCGAAUACAAAAAGAUGUGCCAAGAGAAAAAAGAACUUGAAGCUCGAGUACGAUUUCUCGAAGGUGAACUGGAGUUCUACAAGCCGCCGGUUGCGAAGACGCCUUCUGAGGAUUCUGGCGGCGAGGAGACGGAAGCACCUGAAUCAUCACGAAAAAGCCGUUACCCACCGGAUGACGUGGAUCUACCCGUUCAGGGUCCGAUCAAUCGCGAACCUGAAGAUAAGCUCGACUAUUCGGAUUUUUCCCACGGGGGCAGCUCAUUGAGUAUCAAACGAUUGGUGAUGCGUUACACAAGGCUACUUCGGUUGGACAGUUUCUGAUUUGCCUUGAGGGGUGUCCUUACGGGAAAGGGCCGGAAGCAAGGCAGAGCAAGAAGAUGCUUUCCAAAACUGUUAUGGUCAUCGCGGAGGAGCUGAUGGACAUGCGUGCUUGCCAAUCACCACCCUCGCCGUCUUCCGUGCCGCCAGAAGUACUGCCUCCAGAAAGUGUUGGGUGGCUCGAGCCGAUUUUUUCUGGACCGCGGAGCGUGCUAUUCGUGUUCGACGUGGCCGUCGCCCCACCGUCGAUCGGGGAGCUCCUCAACGACCGGAAAAACAAUUCUUGAUCAUUCCUGCGUGAUACUGUCGGCACUACUACAAGUAUAGAAUUACAGAGAGUACUAGUAUAAACAUAGUACACUUGAGAGAAGUUUCACCGUAUUUAAACAGCAAAAAAUGGCAGAGCCAUAUAGCAUACAUAUAUAUAUAUAUAUAUAUAUAUAUCGAAAAGCUGAAGGUCGAAUUGUUAUUGCACCCGAAUAUAUAGACCAGCGUAACAAACAGUAAUUGUGCAGGUGUAUCCGGCGACGUAGAUCUAGCUCGGUAAAGUAGUUUGCCGAUCAAAUGCCAGUUAUAAUUACCGUCGUCGAUGUUACAGUUAACAUGCUAGUAAAGUGCAAAGAGAACCUGUAAGUUAAAGAACACUUGAGCGGAAGGUAAACUGUAGGUCGUUUACUCGUUGUUCAUAGUUCGUACCAAGUGAGCAUGUAAACGAAUUUAGAUAUUUUGACGAUAGGUGUAAUUAUUGAUGCUGCUGCUGCUGCUGCUACGAAAUUGGGAAAAUUUGUAGAUUUGGUACAUCAAAAUCGUAAAUUGUGGAUCAUCUGUAAAUUCGUAAUGCUUAAAACAUAUAACGACGAUGUUCCUGACUAUCAAGAAGCGAAUUGGAAGGGGGUUCACUCUUCCAUGUCCAACCAGAGAAUUUUCAUGUUCUUGUUCGGCCUGCGAAUAUUCCCACGCACAUGCCCACGUAAGCUUUGUCAUAUACACCCUAAACGUGGUUUUUGGCAAAACCAGAUGAUGGGCACCAUCGGCCACCGGAACUAACAAUAUUAGCUAUGCAUGCUGAAAUAGUGUUCUUCCUUUACUUUAGGAUCAGCCGUCAUACGUUACCAAGAGAAAGACGGGGAGAAAAGUCUGCCGCGAUGGGGCCAGCAGCGGACCGUGAUGGCUACAUGCGGUACGACUAUAGCUAGAGAACCCUGUAGAUAGAAAUCUAGGGUCGAAAGUAUGUAGAGGUCGCUACGCUAUGCAAAUGCCUUGCAUUUGAUUUGCACGACAACAAAAUGCAUAAUGGCAAACAUUUUAGGCCGCAGACGAUGCCCUAUGGUCACCACUAUGCUAGUAGAUAUUCCGACGGAAGGUUUGAGUGGCUAGUAAGAAUCUGGAGACGCGAUGGACACGUAGCGUGGCCAUUUUCAACGACGAUAUUGUUAGAGAUUCGAAUAGGAAUCAUCUGUAGCACGUGUGCCUCCUAGUUUGCAAAUGACUGACUGGUCUGAUUUACCAAUAGCUGCUCAACUAUAUAAGUAGAAAGGUAAAAAUACUUAUCGACGACACACAUACAAUGUAGUAGUUAUUGGUUGGAGCUCUGGUGUGACACUGUGCGUGUGUGAACCUAAAAAACUAUGGCCCUUGCCACCCAUCGUCAUGCACCCUACAGGAGAUCGUAACGCUUAUUAUAAGUAUAAUGAAUGUUGAGUAUAGAACGACUGUGACAUGCUACAACGUCAGUGAUGUAUCUGCUUAGAAGACUAGUAGAUUAUUUUUUCGCAUUGUGCUUACCUUGUUAAAAUUAUAGGAGAAGCAACAGUAGAAACGAUUAACUGGCUCUGCGCUCGUAAAGUGAACGAUCUUGGGGCAAAUAUGGGAACGCGCAGCCCAUAAGAGAUACUUAAUAUAAAAAUGACGGUCGCAUUCGAAUCUGCUGUGUACAAACUGAGUGCUGUCAGAUCCUACGAAGUAGUUUAUUUAAAUAUAACAGUAUACGAUUCCCAAAACUGUGUCAUCAAUCAUAUAUUUAUGUAAACAAGGUAAUGAUCCGUCUCUAGUAGUUUGUAUAUUUAAAAACGUAUCACGAAAGAAAUACGAAGAAACACUGCAAUGCUGAUUAGAACAUUGUGUAGGAGCCUUACAAAUUCUUCAAUGGACAGCGACGCUUUUCGAAAUUAGUUAGUUUAUAUGCACACACGUAUACACACAAGGUAGCGCGAGUAAACUGAGCAUUUGUUAUCCAACAUAGAUACCCCACACGGUGACUAUAAAUUUAAGUUUGUCUGUUCCAAUACGUUCUUUAUGUGAUCUGCAAACUUUUUAAUAGCAGCCGUGCUUCAGGCCAUACUGGUGUCAAAUACGAGGGCGAGUUAAAAGUUCCGAAAAUGCAAGUCACUGAAGGCGAUUCAAAAGUUUAAAAAGUGCAGAAAGGCGCAAUCUUAGAAAGCUUAACCGGUCGUCCUGCCUCUCUGCACGACCCAGUGGAUAUUCUCUUCUCUAAAACAGCCAUUAAUUUCUAUAUGAAAAUUCAGGGGUGUCAAAAGUGACUUCCUGAGCCCAACUCUAUUGAAGAUUUUUCGGUUCCCCUCAGAUUUUUUAGAAGCCGGAAAAAAGUGAAAAUAGUGUGUGAUUCCAGCUAGGAGGCGAAGUUCUUAUAAUUCGUAGGGGGUGUGCAUAGGAGCUGCCGAAAGAUUGGAUAAUAGCUAAUCUUCACUUAAAUUUCGAAAACGACGCACCGUUUUUCGGUUUGACGAAUUUACUGGCUUUCACCGAAUACUGAGUGUAGCGGAUAAACGCGUGCCCGUUACGAUAAACAACCUGCCUAGGUUUUCCACCGCAUCGUUUUAUAUAUUUACGUAUAUCUGGUGCUACUAUACUAAUACUUGUGUGCGUCAGUACUGGAUAAAUCUAUAUAAGUAUACAACAGAAACAUAUCCCUAUGUCAUUAUAUAUAUAAUAUCACUGUCUCCUUAGUGAUGUAACGAGGACUGGCUUGAAGUAGCAAUGGGUUUUUAAAACACUACAUAGGUCGAGGGUUUUAUCGUAUCGAUGUACAGUCUUCGUUGAGCAACCAGAUUUCCGAUUUCUAUCUAUCCUGCUUUUAACUUAAUACGUUUCAUGCUAAUGUGUACUAAAACGACAUGAUGGUUAUGGUAAUCCGCAUAUAAAAACAAACCUAUUCAGUGAAUUUUUAUAUAUGCCCUAUGCUUACUAUAUAUUACCCAAUGUUUUAAUUUUUCUAGAUUGUAGUGAGAUCAGCAUUAUACAUAUUGUAAAAAGAGAUGAGAAAGACACACGAAGCUGUCAGCUGUUACGUUGUUCGUUUGCGCAGCAAAAAAAAACAACCAAGUCAACAAUAAAAAUGUUUAUUUAUUCCUUCUAUGACGUUUUCACCAUAAAGCCUCAUUGGAAGAUUUAUGUAUCUUAUAUACUGAUCAGCAGGAUAGGCAUCGACCUAAAUAAGCUUUAUUAUGGGUGGGUGGGUUGGCAGGGGACUGGCCGGCUUGCCAAAGUGCAAUGUCGUUACUUUGGAGCGACCUGUUGGUGUGUAAAAGGUCGUCAAGGGCGUAGGGCUUCUGCGUCUGAGCGGAACACACAUCAAAAUUUUGUUUUUUUUUUUAACUUAGUCCUUCUUUACACAUAAAAAGACACACAUUUACGUCUAUACCAUGUACAUACAAUAUCUAAUGCCUGUGUAUCUGGAGCCGGGCGGCCACAUCUGUGUGAAAACUCAAACUCCGACACGUACGUGGUUAAUAAUAGUAAUUUAUCUUAUACAAUAACAUAUAUAUACCGUUAGAUGCUUGGUCACUCUGUGGGCAGUGGCAAUAUAGUCGCACAAAAAUGCACAUUUGUUUGACCUUCGGAUGCUCGCCCAAGCAUAGUUACGAUGAGUGGCCUUUACAGGGAAAGAGUUAAAAGAGAUGUUCGAACGGUAACAAAAGGAGGAAGGCUGAGGACAAAUAACGGAAGCCACUCAUUCCAUAUAAUGAUACACAGUUUCAACUGCGUGGUCUGUAUUGUAUAACUAUGAAUGAUUCGCAGCAUUCAGCCACUGUUAGGUGCGUAGCACGAAAAAAAAAUAG